GAAGAGUAGGUGGCUGGUGCUGCGCAAGCCGUCGCCGGUGGCAGACUGCCUGCUGAUGCUGGCCUACAAGGACAGGGCGGAGCGAGCCCGCGGGAUGCGGGAGCGCAGCAGCCUCGCGCUGGAGGACAUCUGCGGCCUGGAGCCCGGCCUGCCCUACGAGGGCCUGGCCCACACGCUGGCCAUCGUCUGCCUGUCGCAGGCCGUCAUGCUGGGCUUCGACAGCCGGGAGGCCAUGUGCGCCUGGGACGCCCGGAUCCGCCACGCGCUGGGUGAGGUGCACAGGUUCCACGUGACCGUGGCUCCAGGCACCAAGCUGGAGAGCGGACCCGCCACCCUGCACCUCUGCAAUGACAUCCUCGUCGUGGCCAGGGACGUCCCUCCGGCCGUCACGGGGCAGUGGAAGCUGUCGGACCUCCGGCGCUAUGGGGCCGUGCCCAGCGGGUUCAUCUUUGAAGGAGGGACCAGGUGUGGGUACUGGGCUGGGGUCUUCUUCCUGUCCUCGGCCGAGGGAGAGCAGAUCAGUUUCCUGUUCGACUGCAUUGUCCGCGGCAUCUCCCCGACCAAGGGCCCCUUUGGGCUGCGGCCUGUUCUCCCAGACCUGAGCGCCGGGGGCCCUGCCGUGGAGGAGCGCGUGGCCCAGGAGGCCCUGGAAGCCCUGCGGCUGGAGAAGCGGCUCAGCCUUCUCUCCCACUCCGGCUGGCCGGGCAGCGCAGGGGACGACCGCAGCCUGUCCAGCUCGUCGUCAGAGGCCAGCCACUCAGACGUCAGCGCCAGCAGCCGGCUCGUGCCGUGGCCAGAGCCGUCCCCGUCCUCGGUGGGCGCGACGCCGGAGGGUCUUGGGCUGGCGGCCGCCCAGGCCCCCGGGGAAGCCGCAGCAGGUGCCUCGAGGCCACCCCCCAGGCCGCUGCGGCCACGGCAGCUGCAGGAGGUCGGCCGCCAGAGCUCCUCGGACAGCGGCAUCGCCACGGGCAGCCACUCCUCCUACUCGGGCAGCUUCUCGUCCUUCGCAGGAAGCAGCCUGGACGUGUGGCGCGGGGCCGAGGAGCUGGGCUCUCUGCUCAGCCUGCCGGGAGGCGUGGUGCCCGAGCCCGGCCUGUGCGCCUGCGCCCCCGGGGCGGCCGAGUACCAGGUGCCCACCGCGCCGCGGCCCCACUACGACACGCCCCGCAGCCUGCGCCAGGCGGCCCGGGACCAGCCCCCCGCCACACAGGGCAGCGCCAGCGACGGAGCCGCCGGGGACUCGGGCGGCCGGCUGGCGGCGGGGUGUCCCUCCGGCUGGCUGGGCGAGCGACGGCGGGGACAGGCGACAGAGGCCCCGUCGGGGCCGGGCGAGCCCUGGGAAGCGGGCGCCCCCCACGCGGGGCCCCCUCCGGCUCUCUUUUCCGCGUGUCCCGUCUGCGGAGGACUGAAGGGAGCUGCUGCCUCGCCCGCUGGGCUCCCGGGGAUGCACUCAGGCUCCCCAGGCCCUGGAGAGGAGGAGACCCCUCUCCCCGCAGGACCCGAGAGGCCGUGCAGUGAGGCGCCCACAUAUGUGAACGUCCCCGCCAGCCCUUCGCCCCCAAGGCAGCUGCACUACUUGGGCCUGCAGCUCCAGGAGGGCGGCGCGGGCAUCCGAGGGGCCGGUGCUUCCCGCUACGCGCAGAUCGACAUCUUGGCCACAGAGGCGGCGCACAGGGCGGGGGCCCGGCACGCGCAGGCCCGGGAGGAGAGGCUGCCGGCGCUGGAGCAGAGGCGGAAGGGGACCCCGCGGUGAGGCGGCCGGACUGCGACGCGACCCGUCGGCUCGAGGGAGCGGCCCCGCGGCACCUCUGCUGCGUCCUGGCGCUCAGGCUCCGAGCCGAGGGUGGGCGCGC